CUAACAAUAUUUUAUUUUUUAGAGACAGACCUAUAAAAAUAAAAAUGGAUUUGUAUCUUUAUGGUUUAUUGUUAUUUUUCGCUGCGAUAUCUGCAGAGCCUACAGGCAACAUGAAACCUCUUGGUGAACAAAGAAAAUCUGAGGGUCAUAUUGAUGUGACUGAAGAUGCACCCGAUGUCCAGACUUUUUUUGAGAAAUAUAUUGCUGGAAGCAGGCCAAUAGUUUUCAAAGGAGCUGCUAAAAACAUGCCUGCAUUUAAAAAAUGGAAUGACGAAUAUUUAAAAGAGCAUUUUGGGGAGCUGCAAGUGGAUGUUGAAGAAGGGAAAAAAGAAAACAGGUCACUGUCAAUGUGGAGAUGGCCAUUUAAAAAGUUUUUAGAAACAUAUCAGAAAGAAGAUGUAUAUAUGGUUCAUAGUUUAGAAGAAAAAAUGCGAGGUGAUCUCCGUUUAUUUCCAAGUUUAUCAUGUGGAGGAUACACACGUGUACUGAACGAUGUUGUGAUGUGGUUCUCCAGUGGAGGGACCAAAUCAGUUCUCCAUAAUGAUCACAUAGACAACGUAAAUUGUUUAUUUAGCGGUUCUAAACAGUUAUAUAUGGUGGACUGGAAACAUCGCGAAUUUAUCGAUAUAGAUGCACCGAAUGGAGCUUUUAGCAAAGUAGAUGUUGAUGCUGUUGAUUUAGAUAAAUACCCGGGCAUAGCUAAGGCGCCAUGGUGGGAAGCUAAUAUGGUAGCUGGAGAUUGUUUGUUUAUUCCAUCAAGAUGGUUCCAUCAGGUCCGCUCGUUUACUGAUAACAAACGCAAUAUGGCUGUGAACGUUUGGUUUUACCAUAUGCAAAAGCUUAACUUGACUGACUGUGAGAAGAAUCAAGAUGCUGGCAAAUAUGUACCGCUCGAUAAAUUCAAAUUUGGAGAUUUAGAGUCUGCGCGGUAUGUUUUGAAGCUGGAGCUUCAGGAUGGACCAUUACAUGUUCGAAAGAUGACUGGUCGAAUAAAGGCACAUAUAGGUGCAGUGGCAAGUAAAGCAGAAAUAAAAGAGGUGUUGUCAAUGCUCGAUCGAGAUGGAGAUAAAAUGGUAACCAUGGAAGAAUUAGAUAAUCUCACGGAAGACGACUUAACGGUAUUAUCAAGGAUGUUCCCAGGGUUGGAAAGAGCAGUGAGUGAAGAGGAAAAUGGAGGCGAAGAGGGCGGUGAAGACCAAGAGGGUGGUGUAGGCAUGGAGGGUGAAGAAGGUGAUGAAGAUCUAGGUGAAGACGAGAGUUUAGAGCCAGAAAGAGAAGAGCUGUAGUAGAGAUACGAGAAAACAAAAAAGUGUGCUAUACUUCAGUGCUUAAAAAAAUGAAGAAAAUAUUUGAAACAUUUUUUUAUCGUUUUUAUACCUAGUCUUUUUAUAUUUCAAUUUUCUUUUUAUUUUGUUUUCAAAACAUUACAUUACAAAGAAAAUUACAAAAAACAUUACAAAAAGAUUACUUUGUUUUCUGGCGAUUACAAAAAGACGUAAAGAUUUGAAGCAUCAAUCUUUUCUUUCGAGGACUGCAUUAAGAACUAAAAUUUUCGACGGAAAGACUUUCGGACACAAUUUUUUUAUUAUGAAGUCAAAAAAUGUAUGGGUAAGUCUUUUGAACGAAUUUUAACCAAAUUUCAAAAGUAAUGAUUACGGGAAAUGACACAAAAAGAAGGGUAGAAGUAUUUAAAGUGUACAUAUAUUCACCAUAGAUCUAAAAAAGGGUCUUCAGGAUCCAACUUUAUAGAACGAAAAGAAAAAGUUCAAAAACGGAAGUUUUUAUUGAUUUUCUGAUUACCCUAUAUAUUAUUUUUAUGCAUUGGUCCUUUUUUAAAAAAAACUAGGUGAACCAAACUCUUUAGACAAAUAAAAUUUCCGUUCCUAAUGUAUUACGCAAAAAAUAAAGUUGACAGUACGAAUCGUUGUUGACAUUUUCAACUAAUUGGCGUUGUUAUUGACUGUAUUUAUUUUUAUUGACAUGGUGAUAUAUUGAUUUUUUGUAAUUAUUUCACUUUGUUAGGAAUUAUUUUAUUAGAAUGAAUGAAUAUCAGAAUGAAUAAUGAUCGAUCUUUUUCCAACUUUU